GAUGCGUUUCCGUAGCCAAUCGUGAUGCUAUGUUGUUAGCUCGUUAGCUUGCUGUUUACUUAUGUUGGACUAAACUGUGUUUUUUGAAUAUUUUUGACCUUGUAUUUACGAUCAAAAGACACUCAAGAAUGGUUGUCAACCUCUGUCUGCCGCAGUUCCACACAACAAUUCACUGCAACAAGCUGUGUGCAGAUGGGUAUGACGUCACAAACCUUGUCUCAGCUGACCCUGCCCUGAGGAGACGGGGCUUCAAACUGGAGUACUUCCUGCGUCCUCCUGUUCAGGUGACACUGACUUUUGAAUUCAAAGUGGAGUUAUGCAGAGUGGAUGUGGAGCUGUGGCCCUGGGGCAUGGACCGAGGACAGGCUUGUAAGAAACUUGAAAUCAGCACCUGCUCUGGACCAAACUCAACAAAACAAAUUCAACAAAACAAAACUCAAGAUCAUCCACAAAGGAAAGACCGUGAAAAUGGUAACCUUUCACAAAGCAAUGGGCAUCUGUGGAGGGACCAGGCACAGAAGUGGGGUGCAAGUGAAGCCCAGGAAUCCACAUAUCAAUCUAACAGGGAGUCUUCUAAUCCCGAUUUCAAAUUAGUGGGCCGAUGUGAGCUUAGAGAGGAAACCAAAGUAUGUUUCUCUCAAAAACAUUUUAGGCCCCGCUCUCCAUUCCAGCACCCUGCUCCUCCCCCAUUCACAAACUGCCGUCAUGAGGAGCUUUGGAGCCGGGGGGUGCAGUCGUUAGGUGCCGUGACACAGCUGUGUGUGGCUCUGCCUUUUGGGGGCGCUGCGUCUGCUCUGGGGCUCAAAGCGCUGUCCGUGUGGGGUCAGCCGGCAAAGUGUUGUUCAGAAGAAGAAGUGGAGAGGAUACGAAAAGCUCAUGAGGCCAGUGAAAGACCAACACAAACUCCUGUAUCUAUCCCUCCUGUUUGUCCACCCAAACGUCAAAAAAGAGCACCUACAGCACAAAGUUCACAAGUGCCCGAAGAGUUCCUUGACCCCAUCACACAGGAGGUGAUGGUCCUGCCUAUGCUGCUCCCUAGUGGUGUGUCAGUUGAUCACAGCACUCUGGAGGAAUACCAGAAAACAGAAGCCACGUGGGGUCGGUCGCCUAACGACCCCUUUACCGGAGUCCCAUUCACCACCUCCUCUCAACCUCUGCCCCAUCCACAGCUCAAAGCCCGCAUAGACCACUUUCUCCUGCAGAAGGGGCCGCUGAAACACAUAGAGGGGAGGUUAGGGAGGCAAGCUGAAGUGAAUCCACAUCCUUCAAGACUUGUAGCUUCUGAAAUUAGAGAAGGAACUUGCAAUGCUGAUCAAAGUGAGACUAAAGCUUUAAAUAGUGGAAAACGAGACUUGGAAAUAUCCACUAAGAACACACCAGAAAAUAGUCAAGAUACUCUACUACCUCAAGCAAAAAGACCUAGAAAUGACAAAGCCUCAGAGGCCACGUGCAGCUCUCAUGAAGAGCGGUUGUCAGCCAGUCUGGACGAAGCUCUCUCUUCCGCUCUUCAGGGCCGACCUUCCUUCACAUCCAACCUGAGUUUGAACCAACCACAGCACACACAGGCUAAAGGCACAACAAGUAAAGAUGAGAAGAUUUGCUCUGCCUGUUCCUGCUCCCUCUCUGUUUACUCCGCUCCUGCCUCUCCCUUCUACCGUCUAAUCUGCGGACACUUCCUCUGUCGCUCCUGUCUGCAGACGCCCUCUAAAACUCUGAACCCAAAAUGGACUUCCACCUUCAGAAACAUCUCCUGCCUGACCUGCCACAGCUCCACUCCACGCAGAGACGUCAUACGAGUACAUCACUGAAUACACACAACACACGUAACCAGUGGUAUUUCAGUAACUAUGGCAAGGUGAACUCUGCAGGGAAAGAGGGUGGGCAGUAUUGUCAACAAUAUGUAAUAAAAUAAGUCACUGUUUUUAUAAUCUUAUCUUUGGAAAAUAUUGAAAUGUUACUUUUCCACAAAAACUGUAUGUAUGUAACUAACCUGGAAUAUUCCACAUUAUUGCUUUAAAACUAUCUGCCUCUGUGGAGACAAAUGGCCAACCUCACCAGGCCAAAGUACGAUAUUAUCACAAUAUGCAUCUCACGGUACGAUAUACUUUGAAAAGGCUAAAAUAAUUGUAGAUGGGACACUUUUUUGCUUUUAAAAUACCUUGACAAGAUUUUGGUGUGAAUUAUUUCUGUCAUAAUCCCAAAAAAUCAAGGAAAAAACGUGUAUCUUCAUUUUGUCUGCACUGAAAUGAAUCAUGGGAUAUGUAGUUUCCAAUGUUUAUAAGUUCGUUGCUACAAUAAAACAUGCAUUUAAACAAAGGAACUUGUGAUUUCAUAAAUUGUGACAGUCUACAAUAUUUUUGUGAGACUUUUACCGUGAGUGGGGUAACCUCUUCAAUUGGGAUGUAACAAUAACUAAAAUAUCAUGAUAUUGUAUCGUCAAGAGUGUUUCUCAAGGUAUUUUUGAGUAAUAAAACAUAUGUAACUGUAAAUUAUUCAAUAGAUUGGUCCAGAAAAUGACACUUACCUACUACCAGUCAAAAGUUUGAACUCACCGUCUCAUUUAGUGUUUUUUCCUGUAUGUUUACUGCUUUCUACAUUUGACAGAAGACAUAAAAUUUUUGAAGUAAGAUGUAUGAAAUUAUGUAGCAAAGAAGAAAAAAAGCUCCAAUCAGAGGUGGGGACUUGCAAGUCGUGACUUGGACUCGAGUCAGACUUGAGUCAAUAUUUUUAGGACUUGGGACUUGACUUGGACUUGAAGGUCAAUGACUUCGGACCGUAAUGAUUCUCACUAAGAUC